AACUAGCUACUUCCCCUACGUUAAAGUGUAAAAAUCCCCAAGCAUAUUCUCUUCCGGGUCACUUUCAAACGCUCGAACAUGACGGAGCUGAGCUAGUCAAGGUAUAAAAAAGGAGGAGGUACAUGUAUGCACUUUUGCCAAGUGCAUGUAGGCCUAAUGGCUCAUCAGCCACCCCACCCUCCAGAUCCACUGUUCAUGCUCCGAGGAUCCAAAGAUGCAGUGAACUGUGUAAAAUUCUAUCCGUCAGCUGAUAGGAAGAAAGGAAGGCUAUUGUCCGGGUGUGGAUGUGGAGAGGUCAGGGUUUGGAAUCUUGAAACCAGAAGAGCAGAUACAAUCCUUGAUGGUCAUGAUGGCAAGAGUGUCCUGUGGGUUCAACCUCUCGGUAAUUACCAGAUCCUCAGUCAGGGCCGAGAUGGUCACUUACUGACUUGGGACAUUGGACAGGGCAGGCACAAUGUUACAUCACGGUUGCCAAUCAACGGGCUGACCUUCUGCAAGUGUGACAUCUUUCACCAAGGUAACGGAAAAGGGAGCCCUCUGGUGGCAGCUCCGGGUCCUGAUUUUGAAGUUUGCAUAGUUGAUGUAAUGAGCAAGACGGUUAUCUGUACUUUACGGACUGACAAAGAUGUCAAGAGAUUUGGGAUGCCCAUGUGCAUUAAAUUCAUCGAUGCAUCAAGGCUGCUGGUUGGCUAUGAGGCUGGACAAGUUGCAUUGUGGGAUACCAACGCUCAGAAGAUACUUGCACACAAGCAAUUCCACAGCGAGGCAGUAAUGUGUCUGGACUAUUCCACUGUGUCUGAGAGGGGUGUUUCUGGGUCAGCUGAUGAUAAACUAGUGUCUUGGACACACAGUGAGGUAAGCUGGAUAUUUACACAUCAGCUAACCGGUUAUGUCUCAGAUACGUAUUUAGUCAUUUUAGAAAUGGUGGCAGCAAAUAACCUUCAUCUCAUUAAUAUUCAGCGUGUAAAUUUUUUAGUGUCCCUGAAAUGGUUCUUGGCUUUCAGGAUACGACUGUUUGGUUGGAAGAAGCUCAAGCCACUUGCUGUUCUGAGCUCUCACCGGCAAACAGUCAAUGCCGUGGAUUUUUCUGACUCCCUCACGGCUUUCAACUCAGCCCAGCUUCUUGCUGCGGGAUCCAAGGACAAGCACAUCAGUCUCUGGUCCCUCUACAACCCAAGCUGACCAGGCCCUGACCAGAGUGGUAGUCAAGACCUCCUCAAGACAAGACAGGAAUAACUGGGUGAUCAAUGACAAAGGAAUGCUUUUGCUGCAAUUUGUUUAAAUAGCUUGUGACUCAAAAUCAGAUUUGAGAUUUUGUGUGAUCCUGCGAUGGUCUUAAGGGGUCUCAACUACAACAGCGGCAUAACACAAAAUGUGGACCAACCAGUUUGAGAUUCCAAGAUGCAAAGGAAUGUGUUAAGCUAUGUGCUGACUGCAGUGUCCACGUGUACACCUGUAAGUCGAUGGAUUUUGAGCGAGAGCAAAAUGCAAGUUGGGAUACAAUAAGUGUACAGCACUGAUAACAUGUCACAUUUAUUUGGAAAUGUUACAAUAUGCUAAGGGUGCAGCAACAGGACAAUGGAAGGUCUUAUAAAUUGAAAGAACUUCAUGGCUAUUUGGCCUGACAAGUAUCCAAUUACUGAUGGGUAAAAUUAAAAAAAUCUGAAAUAU